AUGAAUUUUCGCCCAAUCUUAAGUUUUUUAGAAGAAGACAAGAUUAGAACCACCCAGCCCCAUGACAAUGCGCUGUUGAUCACUCUCAGAAUCAGGGACUGCAAUGUGAAAAGAGUGAUGGUGGAUGGCGGCAAUGCUGCAGAGGUUAUAUACCCCGACCUCUACAAGGGGCUGAGGUUAAAACGGGAAGAUUUAGUGCCCUAUAGCUCUCCUUUGAUGAGUUUCGACGGGAAAGCUGUUAUUCCAAAGGGCAUGAUUAGGCUGCCCAUCCGGACUGACCCAGAGAUAGUGGAGGUGAGCUUUAUAGUGGUGGACACCUAUUCCCCCUAUAUAGCCAUCGUCGGUAUACCCUGGCUCCAUACCUUAGGGGCUGUCGCUUCCUCGUUGCAUCAGAAGGUGAAAUUCCCGUCAGAGGACCAGGUUCUCAAAAUCCGUGGUUACCAAUCCAUGACAAGGCAGUUUGUGGUGACUGCCAUCUCACAUCGGCUCGAUGCAGAUCCCUCGGCCUCCGCUAAAAAGAAUUUAUAG